UAUUUAAAGCCCAGCCAGGACACAUCUAUGCCCAUAUUUCUCUCUCACACACACACACACACAAAAGCUGUUCCUCCAGCUCUGUGUCCAAAAAUCCAAGAAAUAAUAUCAUGGCAGAUAUAAUAAAAGCAGAUCAACUUAUUGAAUGUGAAGAAACACUAUUUGACAAAGAUGGAGAUGGCUGCAUUACAAUUGAAGAAUUGGCAACUGUGAUUAGGUCAUUGGAUCAAAAUCCAACAGAGGAAGAGCUGUAUCAUAUGAUUAGUGAAAUUGAUGCUGAUGAGAAUGGAAUCAUUGAAUUUACUGAAUUUUUGAACCUCAUCACCAAGAAAAUGAAGGAGACUGAUGCAGAGGAGGAACUUAAAGAAGCUUUUAAGGUUUUUGACAAAGAUCAAAAUGGUUACAUUUCGGCUAACGAUCUGAGGCACGUGAUGAUUAACCUAGGGGAAAAACUAACAGAUGAAGAGGCAGAGCAGAUGAUUAGAGAAGCAGAUUUGGAUGGUGAUGGUCAAGUCAACUUUGAUGAUUUUGUUAAAAUGAUGACCGUUGGAUAGAAGCUUGAUGAUAAAAAAAUAUUUAUAAAUAUUUGUUUUUUUACUUAAUUAGUGUUAUUUUAUUGUUUGUAUUAUUGUAGCUAUUAUCUAUGUCAGUGUUACAGCCAAGGAAUUAAUUGUAGGAUUAUUUGAUUAAUUAUUGGAUUCUGAAAAAAUAUAAUCAAAUGCAGGGGUGGAACUGGAGUUUAGAUUA